AUGGUGCCUGGGUUUGGGGCUGGAACCAGAACCUCAGCAGAUGUUCACUGGUUGACAGCAGAGGAGAGGAACCGAGUUAUACUUGACCUUAAAGCAGCAGGAUGGUCAGAAUUAAGUGAGAGAGGUGCCAUCUACAAGGAGUUCUCUUUCAAAUAUUGUAAUCAGGCAUCUGGCUUUAUGUCUCAAGUUACUCUACAAGCAGAGAAGAUGAAUCAUCACCCAGAAUGGUUCAGUGUGUACAACAAGGUCCAUACGCCCCUCACCUCACAUGUCUGUGGGGGACUGACCAAAAGGGAUGUGAAACUAGCCAAGUUUGUUGAAAAAGCAACUGUUUCUAUGUGAUUUCUUCCAAAUGUAUGUAAAAUUUUAUACACAUCUUAGCUGCCAUGUAUUUUGAAGGCAAUUUACAUGAACAAAUUAAGUUGUAAAUUUAGUUCACCUUUGUACCACAUUU